AUGGCGGCGAUGGACUACCUUUUUUACGCAGGACUGCUCCUCCUCACCCAUGCAGUGUACAUGGCCUACUCUAUCCGCGAGCAGCUACAGGUGGCCCAGCACAGUCGCAGCUACAUCCCUGCAACGAACCUCGAGGGCCACAGUGUGUUCCCCACAACAAUGAUGGUGCCCAUCACGAUAGAAGUGCUUGCGGGCAUGCUGCUGGGCAUUGCUGGCUUCGCGCACCGCCACAAGAUGCAGGACGCGCGACUGUGCGAUGUCACCAAGUACCUUCGCUACGACAAUCAGAUGAACUCGGGCGUAGGCUUCAUUCACUUCAACCACCGCGGCACUGUUGCUUGCAGGAAGGAUGAGCUACAGGACGACUCCAAGUCGCUCUUGCAGAAGAAGAAGGAUUGA